AAAUGUGUUUAUUUACACAAAUUCUCAUUGCUUCUGUUUCUUAUGUUAGAAAUAUAAUAAAUGGUUUAGAAAGAAGUAGAAAUAAACUUGAACAGCUGAGAGAAAGGGGAGGAAGAUCUGUUCAGAGAAUCGUCACGACAUUAUGGUUCAUAGUUUGAAACGAUUUUAUCAGUGCAAACUACAAUUCGUCUCUGAAGAUCCGUGUGUCCCUUGAAAAUUUACGACAUGGACACGUAUAAGUCAUUUUUAGUAGAUUUCUUAGCCGGUGGGAUAUCUGCGGCCGUUUCGAAGACUGCAGUUGCCCCGUUAGAGAGGGUCAAGUUGUUGCUCCAAGUUCAACACACCUCGAAACAGAUAAGGCCGGAACAACGGUACAAAGGCAUGAUGGAUGCGUUUGUACGCAUACCGAAGGAAACGGGUUUUCUCAGUUUCUGGAGAGGCAAUCUGGCUAACGUAAUUCGGUAUUUCCCCACUCAAGCAUUAAACUUUGCAUUUAAGGACAAGUUCAAGGCUCUGUUUUUAGAAGGUGUCCCGAAGGAUGCAUUUUGGAAACAGAUGGCUGGAAAUUUGGCCUCUGGUGGUGCCGCCGGGGCAACGUCCCUUCUAUUCGUUUAUCCCCUCGAUUUUGCUCGCACAAGAUUAGCGGCAGAUAUUGGAAAGGCAGAAAGACGAGAAUUCAAAGGUCUGGGUGAUUGCAUAGCAAAAAUUUUCAAAACGGAUGGGUUCCUCGGACUUUAUCGUGGUUUCAGCGUGAGCGUCCAAGGAAUCAUUAUCUACAGAGCCGCGUAUUUCGGAUUUUAUGACACCAUGAGAGGGAUGCUCCCUGAUCCGAAAAACACACCUUUCCAUAUCAACUUUAUGAUCGCUCAAGCAGUAACGACAACGGCUGGAAUUAUAUCAUACCCCUUUGAUACAGUUAGAAGACGGAUGAUGAUGCAGUCAGGUCUUAAAAAAGGAGACGUGAUGUAUAAAAACACGUUAGAUUGUUGGGUGAAGACGAUGAAAGGCGAAGGUGUCGGGGCUUUCUUUAAAGGUUCACUUUCGAAUAUCCUUAGGGGCACGGGUGGGGCAUUAGUUUUAACGUUGUACGAUAAAAUAAAAGAAUUGAUCGAACACGCGAUGGAGAAGGAUGAGCCUGCUGUACCCAAAUCGUCUUAAGUUACUUUCAAUAAAAAUUAAGUUUUAUAUAAUCGUAAUAUCAAUUAUUGUACGAAUUAAAAUUGUUCAUACCUGUAAAAAUAACACAUUUCAAUACUUUAUUGUUUGAUACGUUGGUUUCAGAAAAUUUUGGAAUCACUAGUUACACAUAUAACGUUGACAUACUAAUUCUGGUGGCCCGAUUUGUCGACAUUUACUAUUGAAAUUAUGUACUCCUGAUUAUCUGACUCAACGAGUCCUAAAAUAAUCCCAGAAAAU